AUGCAUCGUUACCGCGUCAACCUCACGCUGCUCAUCGCGAUCGUCGUCGGCUCGAUCGCCAUCCUGGGCGGGUCGUACGGACUCUACAAGUUCCAAAAGUCGCGUAACGCCAAUCGGCUGCUCGACCGCGCGGAGGCCGCAAGGGCCGAGGGCGACCUCAAGCGAACGUCCGAGUUGCUGGUGGACUACCUGCGGAUCAAGCCGCGGGACGAAGAGGCGAUGGCGGACCUGUCGAAUGUCUUCGCGGACAUCGCGGCUCAGCCGAAGUCGGAGCCCGUCCAUAUCCGCAACGCGAUGGCGCAGCUGGAGAUGACGGUCCGGGAGUUCCCCGAGCGCGACGACCUGCGUCGUCGCUUGGUGGACCUGUAUAUGUCGCGCCGCGUGCGGAUGCUCAAGCAGGCGCUCGACCACGUGUCGCAGUUGCUCAACCGCAAGCCGAACGACCCCGAGCUCGAGGUGAUGCGUUCGGAGUGCUACUUCGCCGCCAACGACCCGAAAGCGAUCGAACACGCCUACAAGCUGAUCGGUUACGACAAGGCAGAAGGCGAGUUCGACGAAGCCAAGGCGAUUGCUCCACACGAUGCAGGCGUCUAUAGCCGGCUGGCUUACAAGCUGAAGUCCGAUCAGUUCGAGGGCGACCUGGCCAACGAGGUCAUCGACCAGAUGGUCGAAGCCAAUCCCGAGAGCGGUGAGGCUCUUCUGGCCAAGGCGAGUUGGCUCGAGGCGAGUGAUAAGAAAGACGAGGCGAUCCCGCUGGUGAAGAAGGCGCUCGAGCUCGAGCCCGAGAACACGACCGUGGUGAUCGCAAACGCGCGGCUGGCGUUGCGUGACGAGAGGCCCGAGGAAGCGAUCGCAAUGAUCGAGGAGGCUCUCGAGCGGGACCCCACCGACACGGGGCUUUAUCAGACUCUUUCGGAAGCGUCGAUUGUCAACAAAGACUUCGAGGGCGCGCUCGCGGCUUGUGACCGAGGCAUCAAGGCGGUCGCCAUCGACCAGUCGCAGGUCCUGAUGGUGCAGAAAGCGCGGCUGCAACUCCAACAGGGCAAGAAGGACGACGUCCGCAAGACGAUCGCCGAAAUGCGAGAAGGGGAGAUGAUCCCGUCGGCGUACCCCGAUUACUUCGAGGGUCGUCUGCUGAUGGAUGAUAAGAAGUACCUCGAGGCGAUCCAGCUGUUCGAGAAGUACCAGCAGUUUUUUGCGUCCAACCCGACAAUGGGGCUGGAGCUUAAUGUGAUGCUCGGCUUCUGUCGCGAGGCGCUCGGCCAGGACGAGCUGGCGCUGGAGGCGUUCAACCUGGCGUUACAGCUUGAGCCGGGCAACCUGAUGGCAGAGCAGGGCCGGCUGCGCACGAUGCAGAAGAUCGGCCGCACCGGCCGCGACAACGAGGGGGUGUCGAUCUACGCGGCGCUUGCCGAAGAACUCGCCAAGCCGGAGAGCCAGCAGAACUGGGAGGCCUUCGAUGAGGUCUGCAAGGACUACAUCGAGAAGAUGCAGCUCGGCGACGCGAUGCUCGACAUCCUCCGUGGCGAGGUGAUGAUGCGUCGCGGCAAGUACCCGGAGGCGCGCAAGCUGCUCAUCGGCGCCUACAAGAAGGACCCGGAUAACUUGGGCGUCCGCCGCGCCGCGGUGAAGCUCUUCGCCGCCGACCCGGAUCAGGGCCCGGCCAAGGCGCUGACGCUGCUCGACAAGGUGGUCGAAGACCUUGGCGACAUGCCGAUUCUACGCCUCGAGAAGGCCGACCUCUUGUCGAUGAUCAACGAUGAGAACUUGACCGACCAGCUCUUCGCUUUGACGGAAGGGAUCGACGAUUGGGAGACCCCGCAGAAGGUCCAGCUCUGGAAGGGGUUGGCCGAGAAGUUCGCCAGACUCCGCGAUGAAGAGGCCCGCGCGGAAUGCCUGCGGAGGGUCGCCGAGCUCCAGCCGGGCGACCUGCCGACGUUGAUCGACAUGUUCAACGUCUCGCUCGCCGCGAACGACCCCGCUGGCGUUAAGCGAGCGCAGGACGCGAUCCUCGACCUCGUCGGAUCGAAAGAGGACCCGACAUGGCUGUACACCGAGGCGAGCCGACUGCUCAAUGAGUAUCGCGUCAGCGGCGGUCAGGGCGACGGCGUCAAGCAGGCCUCCGAGCUGGUGGAACGGGCGUUGGCGUCGCGCCGGGAUUGGAACGACCUGAUCAAUCUCCAGGCCGACAUCGCGCUGGCGCAGGGCAACGUCCGCAAGGCAUUGGAGAGCUACGACCGUGCGGCGACACUCGGUCGGCAAGACGCGCGGGCGCUGUUCCAGUACAUCAAACUGCUCCGCGCCCGCGGCCGCUUUGUCGACGCG